AUGGCGAUGACAAUCCUUUCCAGUUACAUACCAUUUCUUUUGCUCAUUCACAUUCUAUUAUCAUUCCAAACGUUCCCCAAGAAUCAUCAUCUGACUCUCGCUCUCGGCGAUGACUCUUCACCGCCAGCUGAAGCUCCGUUGCCGCCGCCUGUUUACCGGCAGAUCCCUCCACCACCAGCUCAACCUCCCUCGUCUCCUCCUGAAUCUGAAAUCUCUCCACCACCACCAUCUGAACCUCUUUCGCCGGGUGAAUACUGGGUUCCUCCGCCCCCUCCUCCUCCACCGCCCAGUCCUCCACCACCUCCCCCGCCACCGUCACCGCCACCGCCAUCAUUUGAGAGCAAGCGUGUUGAGCUGGUAUUCCCUGUCAUCCAAAAACUCAAGAAGAAAAUAGCGAAUGACCCGAAAGGCAUUACCAAGACCUGGGUCGGUCCGGAUAUUUGUAAUAAAUACAAAGGAUUCCGAUGUGCCGUUCUCCCUGAUCUCGGUGUCAAAGGCGUGUCCGACGUACAAUUUAACGGGUUCAAUUUCGAGGGCCCGGAAUUGACACUGGACGGGUUCAUUGACCAGCUGCCGGACCUUAGCAUCUUCCAUGCGAAUUCCAAUAAAUUCACCGGCAUAAUCCCGAAGAAGAUUACAACCUUCAAGUAUUUAUUCGAGCUGGACUUGAGUAACAACAAUUUCGGCGGCCAGUUCCCUUAUGAAGUUCUAGGAGCCACCAAAUUGACCUUCUUGGACUUGAGGUUCAACAAAUUUUCCGGUGUAGUGCCUCCCCAAGUGUUCACGUUAGACCUGGACGUACUCUUCAUCAACAACAACAACUUCCGGCAAACACUGCCGGACAACUUGUUUACCCUGCCGGCUCUUUACUUAACUCUGGCCAAUAAUAAACUCACCGGUCCAAUUCCGUGCACUAUCGGGAAAGCUUCAAAGACAUUAUCCGAAGUCCUGUUUUUGAACAACCAGCUUUCAGGUUGUCUUCCAAGCGAAAUCGGGCUGCUGAAGAAGCUCACUGUUUUUGACGUCAGUCGAAACCUGUUGACCGGUCAAAUACCGUAUUCAUUUGGUUGCUUGACCAGCAUGGAGAUUCUGAACUUGGCUAACAAUCAGUUUAAUGGAGUUGUUCCUGAUUCCAUCUGUAAUUUGCCGAAUUUGAAAAACUUCACCUUGUCCUAUAACUUUUUCACCGGAGUUGGGCCGGCUUGCUUGAAGCUGAUUAAGAAGGGAGUUCUUGAUGUGAAGAAGAAUUGUAUUCCGGGGAUUUCGAACCAAAGAUCAAAACAAGAAUGUGAUGCAUUCGCAUGUAAGCUGAAACGGUGCCCCAACCCACAAAACUACCCGUUGAAUUGGAUGCCGUGCCGGCAGAGUACCCGAUCCAGUGCAAUGGUUCGGCGUAACGCCCGAGAAUUAGCAGCAACACCGUCGGAGUUACCACUUUCUUACAAGGCUCUGCAUUCUCAUUAA